AAAUAGGAACUCACUGUCUCUUCCCACUUCAAACAAACCAGACCACCAUCACUCUCUUUUCUUCUCCUGCUUCAUCUUCUUGAUUCAAACAUUAUACACUUAACGGAUUAAGAAAAUGAGGCUUUUGAAAGUAGCAACCUGCAACUUGAACCAAUGGGCAAUGGAAUUUGACUGUAAUUUAAAGAACAUAAAAGAGUCCAUUAUUAAGGCUAAAGAAGCUGGUGCAGCUAUUAGACUUGGUCCUGAGCUUGAAGUCACUGGCUAUGGCUGUGAAGAUCACUUCCUUGAACUUGAUACCGUCACCCAUUCAUGGGAUUGCUUGAAAGAGAUUCUUACUGGAGAUUUGACAGAUGGGAUACUAUGCAGCAUUGGGAUGCCGGUGAUCAACGGAUCGGAACGUUACAAUUGUCAAGUUUUAUGCAUGAACAGAAAAAUCAUAAUGAUUCGUCCAAAGCUGAGGCUGGCCAAUGAUGGAAAUUACAGAGAAUACAGAUGGUUCAAGGCAUGGAAGCAAAAAUACCAGCUUGUUGAUUUUCAACUCCCUACUGAUGUUGCUGAAGCUAUUUCCCAGACAUCUGUUCCUUUUGGCUACGGCUACGUUCAAUUCUUGGACACUGCUGUUGCUGCUGAAGUUUGUGAAGAGCUGUUCACUCCAUUCCCUCCACACUCUGAGCUUGCACUGAACGGAGUUGAAGUGUUCUUGAAUUCGAGUGGAAGCCAUCAUCAGUUGAGAAAGCUGGAUCUUCGUGUUCGUGCUUUGAAAGGUGCUACACAGACUCUUGGAGGAGUUUAUAUGUACAGUAAUCAUCAGGGAUGUGAUGGUGGUCGUCUUUACUACGAUGGGUGUUCUUGUGUUGUUGUAAAUGGAGAAGUUGUUUCUCUUGGCUCACAAUUUUCUUUGAAGGAUGUGGAGUUAGUUGUUGCUCAGGUGGAUUUGGACAAGGUUACCAGUCUUAGAGGAUCUGUGAUUAGCUUUCAAGAACAAUCAAAAGGCAGAUCUACAUUAAAAUCAGUAUCAGUACCCGUCAAUCUUUGCCAAUCUUUUGACAGACAAGUUGCCCUUUCUAAUCCCAUUAAGAUCAAUUAUCACUGCCCUGAGGAAGAAAUUGCACUAGGCCCUGCUUGCUGGCUAUGGGAUUAUCUGAGAAGAAGUGGAGCUUCAGGAUUCUUGCUUCCUCUUUCUGGUGGAGCUGAUAGCUCCUCUGUCUCUGCCAUUGUUGGCUCCAUGUGCAACCUUGUUGUCAAAGAAAUUGCUGAAGGAAAUGAACAAGUCAAAGUUGAUGCAAUUCGUAUCGGAUGUUAUCCUGAAGGGCAAUAUCCUACUGAUCCCAAAGAAUUUGCAGGCCGCAUAUUUUACACUCUUUUCCUUGGAACCGAAAACAGUUCUCAAGAUACAAGAAACCGUGCACUGAAACUUGCUGCUGAAGUCGGUUCAAAACACUACAAUCUUACAAUCGAUAGCGUUGUUUUAUCGCUGGUCACCUUCUUCCAAAAGCUAACUGGCAAGCUACCACAAUAUACGGUUGAUGGAGGUUCUGAAGUUGAGAACUUAGCACUGCAGAACAUUCAAGCAAGAAUCAGAAUGGUUAUAGCCUUCAUGUUGGCCUCACUCUUGCCGUGGAUCAAUAAUAAACCGAAGUAUCAUCUCGUUUUGAGUACCUCCAAUGUCGAUGAAGGACUCCGUGGUCACUUGACAAAGUAUGAUUGCAGCUCAGCAGAUUUGAAUCCUCUGGGAAGUAUGAACAAGACUGAUAUUUGGGCGUUUAUGCGAUGGGGAGCUGUGAAUCUUGGUUAUCCAACUCUAGCUGAAGUGGCCGAUGCUCCUCCAAGUGCUGAAUUGGAGCCUAUUCGCGAAGACUACAGACAACUUGAUGAAUUAGAUAUGGGAAUGACUUAUGAAGAACUCUCCAUGUAUGGAAGGUUGCGAAAGAUUUUCCGUUGCGGCCCUGUCUCCAUGUUUAAGAAUUUGUGCUGUGAAUGGAGCACAAAAUGUUCCCCAUCAGAAGUGGCUGACAAAGUCAAGCUUUUCUUCCAUUAUUACUCCAUCAAUCGCCACAAAAUGACUACUUUAACACCUUCCUACUAUGUUGAGAGUUAUUCAGCAGAGGACAACAGAUACGAUCUUCGCCAAUUCUUGUACAAUAUUUCAUGGCCGUACCAAUUCCGAAAGAUGGAUGAACUUGUUGCUAAGUUAGAAGGCAACAAAGCAAAUUUAAAUAAGCAACAGCCAUUGGAUGUUCCUGCAAAUGGUCAUUAGCUGAAAAGCUUCAGAAGUCCUAUGGUCCAAGAUUAUAACCUCUAUGGACUAAGUGUGUGCAAAAUAAGGCUUGUAGCCAUAAUUUUUAUUUUGCAAUCUGAAUUAAGCCAUAGAUUGUGGAUCUUUAAAUCAUCGGAAAAGUGGUCCUGCAAGAAUUUUCAGGCAGGAUCAUUUGAUAUUUAUGGAUCAUAUAUAUGCAAGUGUCAAUUCUAAGUGCUUUGCCAUGUAUUUUAACUUUUUGUUACCGAUCUAUUAAUAAGAAAAGUUUGCUUUUCUUGUUA